AUGGGGGACAGCUGGCGAAAUUCCCUCAACAACCACCUUAUCCCCGAGGCUGGGUAUGGGUCAGAAAGGGAGCAGGAUGAUGACCCCCUUGACCCACAAAGCGCUGUGUAUGAGAGCCAGCCAUUCAAGAAUCCCAAAUAUCAGGACUCAGACGAAACGGGAUUGGGACUUUAUGAGCCACAGGAGGAGAUUCCCUCUGAGGAGGUGGCUGGGGAAGAGUUCCUGGAGACCCAGAAUCCAGGAGAGGCACUUUCCGAGCUGCAGAGAGUUCUGCACCAAGACUUAGAGGAGAAUGUUUCUGAAAUGAGCCGGCUGUCCAUCACUCAGAAGCUCCCCAGCAUCUCUGCCAAAGGGAGGAGGAGGAGAAGGCUCCUUGAGCUGGCAAAACCCAAGGCCAGCUGGCAAGUUUUGAAGGACAGGAUAGGAUGCCGUUGUAAGGGCUAUGCCUGGAUUUCCCCUUGCAAGAUGAGCUUGCAGUUCUAUCUCUGUUGGCCCUCCGUGUACUGGACAGAGCGAUUCCUCAAGGACACCACGCUGGCCAUCACUAUACCUGCGGUGUCCCGCCGAGUGGAGGAACUGUCUCGGCCCAAGAGAUUCUACUUGGAGUAUUUCAACAACAACAGGACUAGUCCUGUCUGGCCCAUUCCUCGGUCCACUUUGGACUACCAGGCAUCGAGUCACCUGAAGGAACUGGCCACCCCAAAGAUCCGGAGCAACAUUUGGAGCAUAAACAUGUCUGAGGUGUCCCAGGUAUCCAGGGCAGCCCAGAUGGCAGUCCCUAGUCCACGGAUCCUCCAAUUGUCAAAGCCCAGGGCCCCGGCCACCCUGUUGGAAGAGUGGGACCCAGUGCCAAAACCUAAGCCACACGUGUCAGACUAUAACCGCCUCCUUCAUUUGGCCUUGCCCAAGGCCCAGUCGGACAAGUGCAUUCCUGACCGAGAUCCUCGCUGGGAGGUACUAGAGUCCACCAAGAAGGCAGUGGCCAGUCCCCGUAUCAUCUCCCUGGCCAAGCCCAGAGUACGCAAGGACCUCAACGAGGGCUACGACAGGCAUCUCCGCGCCUCUAUGAACUUGCCACCCCCAAGAGCAUCACCAAAAAAGUAUGACCGGCCCAGGCCUGGCCUCUGA